UCUUUUCAUUAUGCUAACCGGAAAUCAUCAGAAGGAAAGAUAACCUGAUAUCUUACCUCUUUCGAACUUUUCCAGAUUAGCAACUCAUUUAUCGAAAUGCCUGACAAGAAGAUUCUCAUCCUUGGAAGCGGCCUGGUAGCCAAGCCAUGCGUCGAAUAUCUCCUGCGCAACGAGGGGAACCAGUUGACAAUCGCUAGCCUAACCCUCUCCACAGCCGAAGCGUUGGCUUCUGAUCACCCUCGAGCCAGCGCUAUUUCUUUGGACGUGACGUCUCCGGCACUAGAUAGCCAUGUGGCAUCUCAUGACUUAGUCAUUUCGCUUGUCCCUUUCGUCCAUCACCAGACCGUUGUGGAAGCUGGUAUACGGGGAAAGACUCAUGUCGUGACGACAAGCUACGUUUCUCCGGAGGUGAGAGAACUGGAGUCUGAAGCGAAGGCUGCCGGAAUCACGGUUCUGAAUGAAGUUGGCCUCGAUCCUGGCAUUGAUCAUCUCUACGCUAUUCGCCUCAUUAACGAAGUCCACAGCAAGGGGGGAAAGAUCAGAGAAUUCCAUUCUUACGCCGGCGGGCUUCCAGCUCCAGAGUGCUCCAACAACCCCCUGCGCUUCAAAUUCUCCUGGUCGCCCCGAGGCGCUCUCCUUGCGCAACUCAACCCGGCGUCUUACCUCCAAAAUGGACAAGUCAUUGAUGUUUCUCGCGAAGAUCUCAUGAAGCAGGCCAAGCCAUACCACGUGAUGAACGGGUAUUCUUUCCUCGCAUAUCCUAACCGGAACUCCGUACCCUUCCGGGAGUUUUACAAGAUUCCUGAAGCGGAGACGGUCGUGCGUGGGUCGCUGCGGUUUGAAGGCAACCCGGCUUUCGUAGCGGCUUUGACGCAGCUUGGUUUGUUAAACACGCAGCCACUGGAUUGGCUGGAGAGGAACAGCGGUGGGUUGAUGUUGCGGGGGGUUCUUGGACGGGCCGUUGGUGCUGCCGGGUCUGAUGAAGAGUCUCUGGUUACGCGAAUCGACGAGAUUUGCGACUUCUCAGACGUUGCCGAGAGGAAUAGAAUCAUCGACGGUUUACGAUGGAUCGGCCUUUUCUCCGACAAGCCGGCAACCCUCCGUGGCAAUCUCCUGGACACACUUUGUGCGCAGCUCGAAAGACUUCUUAGAUAUCAAGCAUGGGAGAGGGAUCUGGUAAUGCUCCAGCACAAAUUCAUUGUUGAGUGGAAAGAUGGAAGUCGAGAGACCAUCACAUCGACAUUGGAGCUUUUCGGGGAACCUGGUGGGUAUUCGGCCAUGUCUCGGACCGUGGGCAUGACCUGUGGUAUUGCCACCCAGCUAUUGCUUGACGGGGAGCCUGCUUUGAGUGUGCCGGGGGUGUUGGCACCCUACACUUUGGAAAUCUGUGAUCCCAUUCGCAAGAUUCUUGAGAAAGAAGGGAUUAGCAUGGUAGAAAAGACAUUUUGAUGAAGACUUGCAUAGACAGAACUUGGCAGCCGAUUCAAGUCCUGUCAGAUUGGUGU